AUGACCACCGCUGUCUUGGCGACUUCGAUCACGAAAGAAAAGCGCCGUGAACCGCUGGGGACGAUUAGAAUGGCUGCUCAUGCUCAGACGGCGCGUUCUGGAUCUGGACGCGGGAGACCGGCUACGCGACUCAGUGCUUCGAAACAGGGGUUAGAUGAUAUUACACAACACCAGCAUCAACAUGAGGGGAAACGUAAAGCGAAUUACGAGGAAGACGAUGAGGGAUUCCGAUUCUCGCGAAAACCAGUAAAGAAGUCGAGACCGUCUAUUGAACCCGUUGCUGAGGAGGGAUCUGAUGUGGAAAAUGCGCCUCCUAAAUCUACACCGCGAAGGGGGCGACCACCGAAGAAACGAGUCGAGGAUGCGAAUUUGAAUGGUGGGGAUUCUGCGACAAGGUCAAACGGAAAGGGAAAGUCUACAGAAUUACCGAGGAGAACGAACAAAAGGCCUGUACAGAGUAUAGAGACUGAUCCGGAACCGGAACCGACGCGCUCAAGGAACUACGAAUCGCCUGCGCAGACACAUGAGAAAAAAGGGAAACGAGGACGGCCUGCUAGGUCGAAGGUUGAGACUCAAACGAAUGGAUUUAGAUCUCCUGAACCGUCUGCGGGUAAAACUAUACCGUUGCCUGCGGCUGAUACACCUGUUAUUCAGCGCAAUAAGGAAUUACGAGGUGCGAAGGGGAAGGGACGGCGACGGAGUAGCUUGGGGAUGCGUGGAAGGAGAGCCAGUUCUUUGAUUGACUCGGGGGCAUCUAAUGCAUUGCCUCAUCGAGAAGUUGGGACUGCGGAUUUUUAUAAGCAUAUUGCUGAUGAGGGACUCUCUGAGCCGAGGCGAAUGCGCCAACUUCUUAUUUGGUGCGCGACGCGUGCGUUGGGAGAUAAGCCUAUGGGCUCGAAAUAUUCCCAGGAGGAUCAGAGUGCGCGAUUAGCAGGUAUGAUCUUCUUCUUUGGAGAAAUCUAUUUCAAUGGUGACGAUACUGAUACAGAUAUGGUUAUAGCUCGUGUUAUUCAAGAUGAACUAUUGAAGGAUUUCUCGUCAAAUGCAGAUCUUUCAAAUUGGUUUAAUCGUGAAGAUGUCAAUCCACCUACUGUGGUUGUUAAAAAGCCGAAUCCGAGAAAUGUGCAAAACACAGAGAAGAUCAAGGAAUUGGAAGAGCAAAUACAAAAACUUCAAAAAGAGAGACAUGCUCUUAACGGCCUUCUAAAACAACCACCAAUUCCACCUCUUAAUGUCGCGUCUGAAUCUCCUAAAUCCUCCAAAAUCAAUCCAAAACGACAACCUAAAUCCUCUUCUUCACCUCACGACCAAAUCGAUUCCUCUCUUCUCGACCCCUCCCAACAAGCAAUCCUCACAUCCUUACUAUCCUCCGCUCCCUCCAAAAACCAGUCACAACCCCAAUCCCAAUCACAAUCGAAUAACAACACAUCACCCCCCUCCGCAUCCACAACAAGUCACCACCCUCUAUCCCCCUCUACAGUCUCAUCCCGCCUCUCCAAAAUCACAACAAAGCUCGCUCCAACUCUCGAUGCCUUUGCAGCAGGAAUCCAUGAUAUCGAACUAUAUCGUUCAAGUGCCGAUUCGGUCUCAUCAACAAUACUUCGGAUUUGCGCUGAGCGUCUUGAAGAACGUGAUGCGCUUAAUACGAGACAACGUCUUGAGAUUGAAGGCGAGACUGAAGGGGAACAUGAUGAACUGCGUUCAGGGAAAUAUCCUGAGCGGCCUCGUGAAGAUCUGGGUAUCAUUCUUGGGGCGUUGAGUCGUGUUGAGAGACGGUGA